GUUGGACAUGGCCGGCAAAUGGAGUAGCUUGUGCGGUGAGGAGAGGCUCCGGCCGAGCCUGAAGAACCUGACGGAUCCGGAGCUGAGGGCUGGGAGAGUGGCGCCGGAGCAGCAGCACCAGGCUCUGCAGGAGCUGGUCAGAGCUCACCUGGACUCGUACGACCAGGCGGUGAGCGAGGGGCUAGCGCGAGCCGUGCAGGCUAUUCCUCCACUGGAGUUCAAUUAUAGAAAUGAACGGAUCAGCCUGGCUUUUGUGGAUGCUUGCAUCAGCCCUGCCAUGGUGCCAAAAGGUAGCAUUUGCAGUGACCUGAGAAUCUACCCAGCGGAGUGUAGAGGACGACGGAGUACUUACAAGGGCAAGUUAACUGCAGACAUUGGCUGGUCAGUGAAUGGCGUACCAAAGGGGAUUAUUAAACAGAGCCUUGGUUUGAUCCCUAUUAUGGUAAAAUCAAAACUCUGCAACCUAUACCGUCUCUCUCCUCAAGAUCUCAUUAAACGCCAUGAAGAAGCAGAGGAAAUGGGAGGAUACUUCAUAAUAAAUGGUAUAGAGAAGAUCAUUCGGAUGCUGAUCAUGCCACGACGAAAUUUUCCCAUUGCUAUGGUGAGACCCAAAUGGAAGAGCAGAGGCCCCAACUAUACGCAAUAUGGUAUAAGCAUGCACUGUGUGAAGGAUGAGCACACUGCUAUUAACAUGAACCUCCACUAUCUGGACAAUGGCACCGUAAUGGUCAACUUCAUUUACCAGAAGGAACUCUUCUUCAUACCACUUUGCUUUGCACUGAAGGCGAUGGUUGAUUUCACGGACUACCAGAUUUACCAGGAGUUGAUUAAAGGAAAAGAGGACAACUCCUUCUUCAAGAGUUGUGUGGCACACAUGUUGAGAAUGGUGAUGAUGGAAGGAUGCACUACAAAGAAGCAGGUCCUGAAUUACCUGGGAGAGCGAUUCCGUGUGAAACUUCAUCUUGCAGAGUGGUACACAAAUGAGCAAGCUGCAGAAUUCCUGUUUGAUCAGUGCCUCUGUAUACAUCUAAGAUCCAGUGUGGAGAAGUUUUACUUGCUUUGCUUGAUGACCCGGAAGCUAUUUGCAUUUGCCAAGGAUGAAUGUCAAGAAGAGAAUCCAGAUAGCUUGAUAAAUCAUGAAGUGUUGGCCCCUGGACAGCUCUAUUUGAUGUUUCUGAAGGAGAAAAUGGAGUUUUGGUUGCAAUCCAUAAAAUUAGCACUGGAUAAAAAGAGCCAGAAAGGAACUAUCCAGAUUAAUUCUGAAAACCUAAUGAAAGUGUUUAAUUUGGUGCCAGAUCUAUCACGACCAUUUGAGUAUCUUUUGGCCACAGGAAACCUGCGCUCAAAAUCAGGUCUGGGAAUGUUACAGGAUGCGGGUUUGUGCAUUGUGGCGGACAAGCUGAAUUUUAUCCGUUAUCUCUCCCAUUUCCGAUGCGUGCACAGAGGGGCUGCUUUUGCUAAGAUGAGAACCACCUCUGUACGCAAGUUACUGCCAGAAUCCUGGGGCUUCCUGUGCCCUGUGCACACACCCGAUGGAGAGCCCUGUGGGCUAAUGAAUCACUUAACUGCCAUUUGUGAGAUUGUGACCCAGACAUCAAGUACAGUCUCUCUGCCAGCCCUGCUCUGUGCAAUGGGUGUUACACCAGUGGAUGGUACACCCAGCAAGCCAUAUUCUGAAUGCUACCCUGUUCUCCUAGAUGGUGCUGUCAUUGGCUGGGUAGAAAAAGACAUGGGACCGAGUAUUGCUGAUACAUUACGCAACUUUAAAGUGCUCCAGUUGAAAAAAGUUCCUCCAUGGACUGAAAUUGCUCUUAUACCGAUGCUGGGUAAGCCUAGCAUUUACCCAGGAUUGUACAUCUUCACCACCUUGAGUCGAAUGAUGCGGCCUGUCAGAAACCUGGCCUUGGGAAAAGAGGAGCUUAUUGGGACACUUGAACAGCUGUACAUGAAUGUUGCUAUCACCGAGACGGAUAUCUUGCCUGGAGUAACCAGCCAUCAGGAACUCUUUCCCCAUAGCAUGCUGAGUGUGGUGGCUAAUUUCAUCCCAUACUCUGAUCAUAAUCAAAGUCCUAGGAACAUGUACCAAUGUCAGAUGGGCAAGCAAACAAUGGGUUUUCCAUUACACACUUACCCAGACAGAUCUGAUAACAAGCUGUAUCGCCUUCAAACUCCUCAGAGUCCCCUUGUGCGACCACACAUGUAUGACUACUUCAAUAUGGAUAACUAUCCCAUAGGAACAAAUGCUAUUGUAGCCGUCAUCUCAUACACUGGAUAUGACAUGGAAGAUGCUAUGAUUAUCAACAAGGCAUCUUGGGAGCGAGGAUUUGCUCAUGGAAGUGUUUAUAAGACUGAAAUGAUAGACCUCGACCAAAAGAUUAAGCAAAACGAUGGUUUUUAUGUGUUUGGUGUCAAACCUGGCGAUAAGCGAACAGUGCAGAAACUGGAUGAUGAUGGACUGCCGUUUAUUGGGGCCCUACUGGAGUACGGUGAUCCGUUUUACAGUUACGUGAAUCUCAACACUGGGGAUAGUUCUGUGGUGUACUACAAGAGCAAAGAGAGCUGUGUCGUGGAUAACAUCAAAGUCUGUAGCAAUGAUAAUGGAACAGCGCCGUUUAAGCGUGUGUGCAUCACUAUGCGUGUCCCUCGUAACCCCACUAUUGGAGAUAAGUUUGCUAGUCGACAUGGACAAAAGGGCAUCUUGAGUCGAUUGUGGCCAGCAGAAGACAUGCCGUUCACAGAGAGUGGAAUGAUGCCAGACAUUCUGUUCAAUCCCCAUGGAUUCCCUUCCCGUAUGACCAUUGGGAUGCUGAUUGAAAGCAUGGCGGGUAAAUCUGCUGCCAUGCACGGCUUGUGCCAUGAUGCCACACCGUUCACGUUCUCUGAGGAAAACUCUGCCCUGGAAUACUUCGGGAAGAUGCUGCAGGCUGCUGGAUACAACUACUAUGGCACGGAAAGACUCUACAGUGGCAUCAGCGGGGUGGAGCUGGAAGCGGACAUUUUCAUUGGUCUGGUUUACUACCAGCGCCUGCGACACAUGGUAUCUGACAAGUUCCAAGUUAGAACUACUGGGGCAAGGGAUAAGGUGACUAAUCAGCCCCUGGGGGGGAGAAAUGUCCAGGGCGGUAUUCGAUUUGGGGAGAUGGAACGUGAUGCCCUGCUGGCCCAUGGAACGUCCUUCUUGCUUCAAGACCGCCUCUUCAAUUGCUCUGACCGAUCUGUAGCUCAGGUGUGCAUCAAGUGCGGCAGCCUUCUGUCGCCAGUACUGGAAAAGCCCCCACCAUCAUGGUCUGCCACACGUCAUAGGAAGCACCAGUGUACUCUCUGUCACCAGUCAGACACCAUUGAGAUUGUCUCUGUGCCCUAUGUUUUCCGAUACUUCGUAGCUGAAUUAGCAGCGAUGAACAUUAGCAUUCGACUCGACGUGAGAUGACAUGGCGGAUUCAUUUCAGUGGGUUUUUCUUUUUAAUAAAUGUAUUCACUCAGCUUGUAUAUUUUGUACAGAGAGUGGGGAAAGGUAACAUAUGGUAAAAGCUGUACCAUGCUGAAAGAUCAGCGAAAACUGUUUCAAGCUGAUUUGUAUUCAUAUCUUGCUGUGGACUGUUGGUGGCAGCACAUGCAUUGACAUCUUGUGGGAAUUAUUGGAGAAUUAAGUUGCUUUUGACUGGUUGAAGAUAAUGCAUUGGAAAUUGCAUUGUCAGAGAAGCUUUAUAGUGAAUUGUAUACCACAACAGCAAUAUUUUUUGAUUGUGAGAGAAUCUGAUUCUGUAAUUUUGUUACAUGUGCUAAGAAAACUGCAGCCUCGGUGCCCAGUCUGAAGACUGGGUUGUAAAAGUCUUGAGGAGUGCUGCUGUGGAGACAGCGCAACAGUGAAUUACAUUUAUUUUUCAAGAAAA